UCUAUUCUGAGAAAGGAAAAAGGCGGCCGUUUUACACCUCACCAGCCACCCCCACGCACAAAGGCGACGCAAGCAAGCAGCUUUCCUCGCCUCAUCUCCCUCUCCCAGUUCCUCGCUCGCGCACCAACUCUUUCAAAAUCCCCCCUUUCUCGCGUGCCUGCGUCGAUUCCGUCCGUCGUGCUCGCCGCCGGCUCGGGGCGCGCCUGGAUGAGGCGGCCCCGCUGACCGGAGCCGAAUCCGCCGCGCGCCGCCGCCCAUGGCGCAGCCGCAGCCGCAGCCGCAGCAGCGGGUCUACCAAGCUUGGAAAGGGAAUAAUAGGUUCUUCCUCGGAGGGAGAUUGAUAUUCGGACCCGAUGCCAAGUCACUGCUCGUCUCGGUUGCGCUCAUCGUGGUGCCGGUUCUCGUCUUCUGCGCCUUCAUCGCGCCGCACCUUCUCCACCGGUUCUCCGGCUACAACGCAGGAUACGCGAUUCCUGCGGUGGCAGUCGGGUUCACGAUCUACGUGCUUCUGUUGCUGCUGAUCACCUCGGCUCAGGAUCCUGGUAUUGUGCCUCGCGCAUCGCAUCCACCGGAGGAAGACUUUGCGUAUGGCAAUCCGUUGGCCGGGGAAACACCGGGCAGGCUGCAGUUUCCCCGUAUAAAGGAGGUGAUGGUUAAUGGGAUGCUUGUGAAGAUAAAGUAUUGCGACACCUGCAUGAUUUACCGGCCUCCUCGGUGCUCUCACUGUUCGAUAUGCAACAACUGUGUGGAGCGAUUCGAUCAUCAUUGCCCCUGGGUUGGACAAUGCAUUGGUCAGCGCAAUUACCGAUACUUUUUCCUAUUUGUUUCGUCCUCGACUCUUCUUUGCAUUUAUGUCUUUGCCAUGUCGGCACUACACAUCAAGUUUCUCAUGGACGGAGACUAUCCUACAGUAUGGAAGGCUUUCAAACACUCUCCAGCUUGCUUGGUGCUUAUGAUAUAUUGUUUCAUUGCUCUAUGGUUUGUUGGCGGGCUCACUGGAUUCCAUUCGUAUCUCAUUAGCACUAACCAGACGACAUACGAGAAUUUUCGGUACAGAGCAGACAGCAGGCCCAACGUCUAUGACCGAGGAUGUCUGAAUAACUUCCUAGAAGUCCUGUGCAGCAAGGGGAAGCCUUCUAAGCACAGGUUCCGAGCCUAUGUUCAAGAGGAGGUACGCGCUCCAGUAGUUAACUUCGGUAGGCAGAUGGAGGAGGAACCGGCUGGCGGCCCUCGCGCAAAGGUAGAAGACGAUCUUGAGAUUGGCAGCGAUCUCCUGAAGAUCUCUCGGCGGCGCAACUAUGAGGACGUUGACGUCGAAAUGGGGAACCAGGACGACGGUGAGACGGAAGGCACCGGCGGCCCCAAACUGGCGGCGGGUUCGGGGUCGCAGAUUCCUGCGGUCGGGAGCGAGGUGCGGGUGCGGCACUCGAGCUGGGACCGGAGAAGUGGGAACUGGGACAUGUCGUCGGACAUGAUUGGAAGGAGCGCAUCGGAUGUGCUUGGAAGAAGCGCUUCCCUCACCGAGGCUGGGCCGCGGUCUCAAAGAUAACUCACUAGUAGCUGAAAAUGUGUGAAUUCUUCUGAACUUUGUGUUGGCGGGCUGGGUUCUGCGAUUGUUUACUGACGGUGACACACCGGGAGAAGGGAGAGGAACGAUGACCGUGACCCGUUUUGACUUUUGACUGCCAUGUUUUGGUAUCUUGGAUCGUGUUUUAUGUAUGGACAGUUGUUGUGGUCGAAGGGCUUAGUGGUAAUGUCGGUCUUUUUUGCGCCGGUGUUGUCGUCUGACAGUGUUCGAUGCCAUUCUUUGUGUAAAUUACUGAUGCGGGAUACUCAUCCACCUGUAAUUCCUCACCGGCUCUUCCUUGGAAAUGUCUCUAGUUUAGCUUGCAUCUCAA